GCGCUCAGACGCUCCAUAACAACCGUGUAAGCGUGAGUGGUUGCUACGUCUGUGACAGCAGGGGUGCGUCACGUCCGGUCUGUAGAUAGAACGCCUUCCGGUUUGGAACUCUGGAUGCCCAUUGUCUGUCCGGUCCCUCCUGCGCCAUGCCAGAACCGCUUGACCUUUCACCUCCAGAGAUCCCAGAAGCAGGUCUCUUUGAGACCCUCCUUCGCUAUGGACUCUUCUGUGGUGCCAUCUUCCAGCUGAUCUGCGUGCUGGCCAUUAUUUUCCCCGGAAGCAAAGGACACGACACGGAACAUGAGCCAGAACCGAAAAGCUCAGAGGUGUCAAGGAAACCCAAAAUACCAGCAGCAGCGCCUGGGAAGAAACAAAAGAAAGAGACAAAGAAGAAGCGGUGAUAUAGGGGAUCGACAGAAGCCCCCCGCCGCCUCACAAGGGCUGGGUACUUAUCCCAAGCCCCUUCCUGCAGACUCAACAC